CCUAUAUUUUUGGCCCCCAUGAUCCGGUAAAAGCCUGAGAGAAGCGAUCGAAGACGUGAGCUUCAGUUUGUCUGUGCCUUUGUUGCUGUUCCUCAGGGCGGUGUGCCGCCGCUCAGUCUCUGUCUCCGUCUUGUUGGUGCUGCUGCAGCUGGUGCCAGUCGCUGCUCUCUUUCUCUCUCCUGUUCAUGCCUCCCCAUCUCAAUACUUUCCCUGCAAUUCAGCUCCAAUAGGAAUAAUUAACGCGCGUGAAAAUCCCUCCAUCAACUACCACCUUAACUUUCAUUUUGUUCUUCCUGCUCUCUCUCUCCCUCUUCUCUCUUUCAACAAGAAAGUACAGUGGUGCUGAUCAGAUCGAAUUCCAAGGCUAACUGCCUCUCUUUCAGUCUUUUUGUUCUCCUACUAUGUUCCUGGGCAGCUGCUGAUACCACCACCACGGAUUUUUCCUUGAGGUGCAGGAGUUUCUCAUCGGCUUCCCCAUCAUCCAUUCGAUCCAAAGAUUUGGAGGGGCUGGAGAGAGGAAAAGGAAGCCUUCUCGCAUCGGCAGGUAUCCCGAACUUCUGUUGAAUAUGAAUUCCUCCUCACGUGUUCCACCAGGCUUCCGGUUCCACCCCACGGACGAGGAACUUGUUGAUUACUAUCUGCGAAAGAAAGUUUCUUCCAAAAGGAUAGAUCUCGAUGUUAUCAAGGACGUUGAUCUUUACAAAAUUGAGCCAUGGGACCUUCAAGAACAAUGUAGGAUUGGGACGGAGGAGCAGAGUGAAUGGUACUUCUUUAGCCACAAGGACAAGAAGUAUCCAACUGGAACACGGACAAAUAGGUCUACGGCAGCUGGAUUUUGGAAGGCAACUGGAAGGGAUAAGGCCAUAUACUCCAAGCAUAAGUUGGUUGGCAUGAGGAAAACGCUGGUCUUUUACAAGGGCCGAGCACCCAAUGGGCUGAAAUCUGACUGGAUCAUGCAUGAAUACAGGCUCCAGACGAAUGAACAUGCUCCACCACUGGCAAAGGGGUGGGUGGUCUGCAGGGUGUUCAAGAAAAGGAUAACCAUGCUAAGGAGACCAAUCGAUCAAGGGUACUCUCCAUGUUGGUAUGAUCAUGAUCAAGUCUCCUUCAACCAUGAUCUUGAUUCAAGUCCAAAAAGGAUAUUCCAACCUGAAAUUCCCUACCAGCAUCCGUUUGCAUUCAAGCAAGAACUGGAUAACCAUCUUCAACUCCCUCAGCUGGAGAGCCCCAAACUGCCAGACUCAGGACGAUGCAGUACUAGUGGUGUAGCCUUUGCCUUUGAGAUGAGCCGUGGAUCAAGUCUCUUUCACCCGCACAUGGUUUCCUCAUUCUCACAUGAUGAACACCGACAACAAUCUCAAAUGAACUUGCUGCUUGCCAAUAAUUCAAGCCAAUCUGAUCAGGUGACAGACUGGAGGGUGCUUGACAAAUUUGUGGCUGCUCAGCUUAGCCCUGAGGACAACAUGCCUAAGGAGACCAGCUUCUCUAACCCGGCAGGGCUUCUUGUUCCUGAUGUAAAUUAUGUUCAGCAAGAACAUGACCAGAACUUGAUUCCUGACCGUCCUCUGCCCAGUACCUCAAGCUGCCAAGUGGAACUGUGGAAGUAAAUAUGCAAUUGGAGCUAGACAUCCAAUACAAUGCUACUGACAAGAAAUAACCAAUCUACUACAUACCCAAGAAAAGUUUACUUUGUAUGUUGUAAGAUGCGUAUACGAAAAAUAAAGCUGAAGUGCGAGGAGGGAGAAAAAAGAAAAAGACAAAAAAGAAAUACAUGAAGGCAACCAUUAAUUUUUCCCAUGUAAUAUUGAUACUUGUACCCAAUUACAUGGGCCUUUUACUCUUAACAAAG